AGGUCUAGUUUGGUGAUUCUGAGGUUUCGACUUUGAAGUCAACCUGUUUGUUUGGUUCUCGCUACUUAUCUCUGUGAGCUGAGCUGCUCCCCCUGCCUAUCCUGUUUCAACCUCACACUCACACUCUCACUCUUAAGUCACACUCAGUGAUGGCUUCAUCCGCUGUCUCUGCUUCCGCUGCUCUCAUAUCCUCAAACCCUAAAACCCUUUUCUCUCCCAAAUUCUCUUCUUCUUCUUUCUUCAUCCCUAACUCUCCCAACUCUCUCCGCAAACCCUUGCGCACUUCCUUCUCUCCCUCUUUCCCUCUCAAUUCUCGCUCCCACUCUUCCCUCUGCACCACUUUCACCGUCAAGGCAUCUAGUGAGCUUCCAUUAGUUGGGAAUACAGCACCUGAUUUUGAAGCAGAGGCUGUUUUUGAUCAGGAAUUUAUCAAGGUUAAACUAUCUGAAUACAUUGGAAAGAAAUAUGUCAUCCUCUUUUUCUACCCAUUGGACUUCACUUUUGUUUGUCCUACAGAAAUCACUGCUUUCAGUGACCGGCAUGGAGAAUUUGAGGAACUAAAUACAGAGAUAUUGGGUGUUUCAGUUGACAGUGUGUUCUCGCACCUUGCUUGGGUUCAAACAGAUAGAAAGUCUGGAGGGCUUGGGGAUUUGAAGUAUCCUUUGAUUUCAGACGUAACCAAAUCCAUAUCAAAAUCUUAUGGUGUUCUCAUUCCUGAUCAGGGGAUUGCAUUGAGAGGCCUGUUCAUUAUUGACAAGGAAGGUGUUAUCCAGCAUUCUACCAUUAACAACCUAGCAAUCGGUAGAAGUGUUGAUGAGACAAAGAGAACACUGCAGGCCUUACAGUAUGUGCAGGAGAACCCAGAUGAAGUUUGCCCUGCUGGGUGGAAACCUGGUGAGAAGUCCAUGAAACCAGACCCUAAACUUAGCAAAGAGUACUUUGCAGCCGUGUAGGGAGUAUAAUAUUUAAUGAGUGGCAAUUGCUCCUCUAUAUAAAUCAGUGGGGUUUAAAAGGAUUUUUUAUUGUGUAAUGUGAGAAUGCUUUUAAAUUUUGAGCGCAGGUUUUCUCAUAAAUUCAUACCUGGAUUUGGAUUUACUAUGUAUUAUGUAUUAAUUAAUUUUACACUUCCUUCGGAUUAUGCCAUCUUUA